CAGGGGGAAUUACAACCACUGACCAGCAGUUACCUCGACUUGUCAGAGUCUCAAGGAACCCACAGGGGAUGGCACUCCCCCAUGCUUUCCCCAUUUACCCCACCAUUUUGGUAUGCACGAGUCGCCAUUACAGGUCCCCAGGCCCCAGGGCCAGGAGUACUCGGGUCCCGCACAUCUCCAACUUCCUCUUCAACUCGCGUGCUUGUCCCAAAUGUCUCUUCAUCGUAGACGACCAUCAGGUACCUCGCAGCUUUGAGAAGCAACGUAGCUUUCCCCUUACCAGGUGUCUUGAGUUGAGGCGGCUCCCUCCUGUCCACACCCUCAGCAGUAACGACAACAACAGGACCAUCAAUAUAGGGAAAGGAAUUUUCCCCCGAACUGCCAGAUACAGAGACACAUCGAGCCUUACUUGUCUUGGAACAGGAUCAUCGUUGGACGGUGUUCUAGCCGGCCUUGCAACUGAAUCCCAUCGAGGGCCAGUCCAGCACUUCCAGCUCGGCCUCAUUAUCCCAUCUAAACGCAGGCAGGGAGUGUGUACCUUAGCUUGCCUCGCCUCGCCUCAAGUCAGGAACAUCGGCACAACCAAGACUUGCUUCUUUCGUUCGUUGACCACCGGGACCCAAGCUUUCCUUCCUGUGGCCCCAAGCAUCCAGUCAGCAAAGAGCAAACGUCUUCCUUGGGACCAACACCCCUGGCAAGACUCCAGAGACGUGCAGGAGCAUCUGAGAAACGGCAGCAAAGCCAAGCCGUAGCAGCAAUAGCAGCUGCGGUACCACGACCACCACGACCACAACCAUCAGCCAACGUCGAGCUUCUCCUCCUCAUCCUCCUCCUCCUUCCAGUCCCCGGCCCCAGCUCCUAGUCCCAUGGUAGACUCCUAGUCCCAGUCCCACGUCUGUGGUGGAACAAUUCGCCUUCCCCAACUUCCAUCAAUCUUUCCGUCUCAUCCACCAACGACAAGCAGCGGAUUGUCCAUUGCGAUUCGACUUCGCCGGCUUUGCCGUCCAAAGUCCACAACGAGUCUAUUCACACUCUAGACCCCGCCAUCCCAGCAAUAUCGCUCCUACCAAUUGUCCCGGUCUGGUCAGGGAUCUCCAACCUCUUGGUCUGGCC